AUGUCUGUCACUGUGAUACUGGCAUUUGUUGCCCUUCCCUUGAUAGUUCUCUUCAAGAUUCUUUUUGACUAUGCCCAAAGUUCAGUCUCUUCUCUUCCCGGCCCAUGGUACACCCGCUUCACAGACAUUCCCUUCCUCUAUGCCCGACUGGUCGGGACGAGCCGCCAUUAUCUUCAACGGCUCCACAAGAUCCAUGGCUCCGUCGUGAGGGUUGGGCCCAAGGACGUUUCUGUCAACAGCAUUGAUGGCUACUACAGAAUUCAUGGUGUUGGUAGCCACUGCACCAAAACUCCCGUCUUUGACAAGAUUCGCUUCAGCCACUCGCCUAUGCUAUUCACCAUGCGAGAUCCUCAAGCGCACGCUCAACGGAAGCGCAUCCUAGGUCGAAGUCUUACCGCUGUGCGGGCUGAUCAAGAGACGACAAUCCGGCGGCUAGUUGAGCUGGCUAUUUCCCAGAUCAAGACCGAGGCCGAAGAUGGGAGAGUCGAUGUCUACAAGUGGUGGCGAUGCCUCGCGGUCGAUGUCAUGACUGAAAUGGCAUUUGGACAGUCCUUUGACUUGCUAGAAUCAGGCGGGCAAGACUCGCCAGUCUUCAAAGCCCUGGAAAAGGUCAACAUGAAGGUCAUGCUACAGGCCAUUCUGCCCGAGGUCCUUAUGUCACCUCUCAGGUGGUCUCCCAUUGCCUGGGUCAGGGAUGUAGUGUGCUGCACAGAGGUCAUGUUCGGCCCUGUGAUGGCUGCCCUCGGAGAAUUGCGGCAUUCACCAAAGUGCACCACCACAAUGCUUGGCCGUAUUCUAAGUGAAGACAACAGCAAGAGCCGACGGGCAGCCUUGGAUGACGACGAGAUGGGAUCGGAGGCUGCUAUGAUGAUAGUAGCGGGCUCCGACAGCACAGCAGCCACGUUGACAUAUGCUGUCUGGGAGGUUCUCCGACAUCCCGCCUUGAGACAGCGGGUGGAAGAUGAAGUGGCAGCCCUCCCUUCUGGCUUUACAGCCAAAGAAGUCGAGGCUCUGCCACUGUUGAGCAAUAUUCUUGAAGAGGUGUUGAGACUUUACAACCCCACGGGAGCUCCCGUCGAGAGAUUGGUGCCCACGGGCGGCAUCUCUGUCGAUGGGUGGGACAUCCCUGGCGGCACUACAGUGUACACCCAGUCUUGGCUUUUAUCUCGCCUAGAAGGGGUGUUUCCCCAGCCAGAAAAGUAA